AUGAAUGAGGACUUGCUAUUGCUGGCGAGUUGCAGUGAACUGCUUAUCCAAAAGAGGCAUCCUCAGUCUCAUCAGCCUCCUCCGCAGGUGACUCUAGGCCGUUGCGAGGGCCUCACUGUCGGUCGUUGCCAGGUGAUAAGUUCGUUGUCAUGGUGCCCCAAUUUCGACUGGUACCGACAGCACAGGGAACGUCUCACUUUGGUCAUGCACAUCAUGCAUCCUAUUCCAUUCAUUGUGGACAGACACGCUGUCAUUGCAACCAUAAAACUGGUCAAUUUUAGUGCGGCUUGA